CUCAGUGUCCCUUCAAAAGAGUCAAAAAGCAGAAGCCAUAAUCAAUUUUAUUCUUCUUCUUCUUCUCUAAAAAUAAACAUCUCUUCUAGGUCAAAAUCCGCAGCACUGGUGCAAAAAAUUGAAAGAAGAUCCUCAAUCUUCAAUCAUCAUCAAUCACCAUGACAUAUACAUCUCAUCUGAUUCGUCAUUCCAGAAAGAUAAAGCUACUGCGAAAUGAAUCUUCGUCUUCUUCUGUUCUUGUUCGCUUGUUCUCGACAGAGGCGAAUUCCUCUAUUAAAAGCGAUAAUCUUGUGAGGAUUAAUCAGCUUCCUGGGAACAUAAAUGGAGGUUUUAUUGGAGCUUCUUCCAUUCCACGUAUAUCAAAUAGAAUGAGAAUUGGGAAUAAUUCGGUUUCGAGAAAUGCUUUUUCGAGUUCGCAAUUGUAUUCGAGAAGAGGUUUUGCUACAGAUUCAGCUCUUCCUCCACAUCAAGAGAUAGGAAUGCCAUCUCUCUCCCCUACAAUGACUGAGGGUAAUGUUGCACGGUGGUUGAAGAAAGUAGGGGAUAAAGUUACUGCUGGUGAAGUACUAUGUGAAAUAGAGACAGAUAAAGCGACAGUUGAAAUGGAAUGUAUGGAGGACGGCUAUCUUGCUAAGAUAAUUCACGAUGAUGGAGCUAAAGAAAUACAAGUUGGCGAGGUGAUCGCUAUUACAGUCGAAGAAGAAGAUGAUAUUGCAAAAUUUUCUGAUUACAAAGCUUCAUCAACUGCAUCCAGUGGAGAGGCAAAAAGCUCACCUGAACCUUCCCCACCCAAAAAAGAGGCGGAGCCAGUGAGCUCGCCAGAGCCAACAAGUUCAGUGGCUGCUGAACCUCCUCAAUCAGAAGGUCGCAGUUUUGCUAGCCCUCUUGCAAAAAAACUGGCCGAAGAGAACAACGUGCCUAUUUCAAGCGUUAAAGGCACAGGUCCUGAUGGCAGCAUUGUGAAGGCUGAUAUCGAGGACUACUUGGCUAGCAAGGCAUCAGCCCCCAAGGCUAAAGCCACAACACAGGCAUCUAAUUUGGAUUACACCGACCUUCCACACACUCAAAUAAGAAAGAUCACAGCUUCGCGUCUGCUACAAUCAAAACAAACCAUUCCUCAUUAUUAUUUGACCGUUGAUUCUUGUGUCGACAAACUAAUGGAAUUGAGGAGCCAACUUAAUUCCGUCCAAGAAGCUUCUGGUGGGAAAAGGAUCUCAGUGAAUGAUCUUGUAGUGAAGGCUGCUGCUUUGGCUCUUCGCAAAGUUCCUCAAUGUAACAGUUCCUGGACAAAUGAUUACAUCCGCCAGUACAACAAUGUUAAUAUUAAUGUUGCUGUUCAGACAGAACACGGACUAUUUGUUCCCGUUGUCAAAGACGCAGACAAGAAGGGUUUGUCCAAAAUUGGUGAAGAGAUCAAACAAUUGGCUGAUAAGGCGAAGAAAAAUAGCUUGAAACCUGAUGAUUAUGAGGGAGGCACGUUUACCAUCUCAAACUUGGGAGGGCCCUUUGGAGUCAAACAAUUUUGUGCUAUUAUCAGUCCUCCUCAAGCUGGAAUUCUUGCUGUUGGAUCAGCUGAGAAAAGAGUGGUGCCUGGAGCCGGUCCUGAUCAAUUUAAGUUUGCCAGUUUCAUGCCCGUCACACUGAGCUGUGAUCACCGUGUAAUAGAUGGUGCAAUUGGUGCUGAGUGGCUAAAAGCUUUUAAAGGAUACAUCGAGAAUCCAGAGACCAUGUUGCUCUAAGUCGCUUCCUUUUUUAUAUUGAAGAUAUCUAUCUAUCACAUUGGUUUUGAAGAGGACUGCAAUGGGUACAAAUAAUUCUCUCUUCUACAAGGUUUUGCUGUAGUUUUGACCGUAAGUUUAUCAACUUUCCUGUCAGAAUAUUCUUUCAUCUGUGACCCAACAAGCAGUCUGCCAACUAAACUUGCUUAUACCAAACACUGAUGAGCUGAAAUUUUCUUUACUGUACUAUCGGGGUCCAUAUUCAAAAUAAAUUUCAAUCUAAUCCUCUGUAAUUCGGUAAUAUCAUCAUAUUCAUAGUGCGGACGCUCUCUUCUCACCACUCUAUGUUCAUCACAAAUUUAUGUAAUAAAAAGUUGCUGCUGCUGCUGUGCCUCCCUUUGCCACUCAUUUUACAGGAGCAAGUGUAGAUGGUUUCCCUCAGAUUUUGCGAGGUCACUUUCGUUUGUGAUUUGCCUGAUGACGGUCUUCAGUACUUUAUGUUUACCCCAGAUUUACACAUUGAGUAGAGUUCUAUCAUUUUCA